AUGGUCUCCCAGGCUCAGAUCGUCGAUCGCACUGCGACGCAAAACACUGCCACUCUGGUGUCGCCUCCUUCACAUUCGGGCAGACGACACCGUUCCGGUCGUUCGCACCACGGUGGCUCCUCGCAUUCCUCCUCGAACGAUUUUCCCAUCUUCACGUACACGGGGGACACCGAGGUUGUGAUUCGCGUUGGAUCGCAGGAGAAGCGUUAUCUUCUCCACCGAUUGAUCUUGGCACAAUGCUCGGGCUUCUUUGAAGCGAGCACAAAUGAGGACUGGUCGCGACAGACAGCCUUGAGUUUACCCAAGGCGGAGGGUACGCUGUCCCGAGUGAGCGAGGACGAUGAUCUAUCCAGCGGGUCAACGCUGGUGCCAUCUGAUAACGGCUUCUCCACACGGUCGGGGGAGAAGAGGCGCUGGCGGUAUGAACUUGACUGGGAAAAUCGCGCCGAGGAUGAAGAGGUCAUCCUAGUGCAAAAGCAACCGACAUAUGCUCACAUGUCCAGUGGUGACCAAGCCGCAUAUCCUCCAACGAUGACCAAGCCGUCGAAUGCUCAGGCGGGCUUCUUUCGAUCCAUGGCGAACCUUACAGGAAUGCAAUCGGUAACCCAUCUGCCACAGACGGAAGGGGACCACGCCGUCGAUCCCUUGAUACGUGACUAUGACAAUUUACUACGGCUAUUUUACAACCAUCCGCCCAUUAUCAACAGUGUCAACAUUGCCUCUGCGUAUACAGAAUGCAAAUCCCUCCUCGCAUUGGCGGAUAUGUACGAUGCCCUUCCGGUGACCGGGCCUCGCGUGGAUCACCAUCUACUCGGGUUUGGAUCUCGUCUAUUCAAACAAAUCUCCAAAUACCCACCCAGCUACCUGAAGCUGGGAUACCUCGCCCGCAGUCGGGUAAUCUUCUCUGAGGCCCUGAUCCACGUUGUCGGCCAGUGGCCCGCCGCACUACCAAGUCUACGAAACGGCUCCUACGCACCUCUUCCAGAUUCAUUACUAGACCUGAUCGAAGAUAAAGUAGAAGAUCUCGAAGACCUCAAGGCUCGCGUUGAAUCCAAGCUCCUGCGCCUGUCCCUUACCACUUCCCGCGGUGAACGCGUCGGCCCCUCAAACGCAUACCUGGACUGGCUCGCCGUGUCUCUAUUCCGCCAAUGGCUAAUAGAAAGCACCACUCCCCCGCCAGCACCCAUCCUCAAGAACUCCGGCCCAAGCGACGGCCCCUCCCAGCCCGCCCCAUCAGCAUCGCACCCGACCAGCGCCUCAAGACCAACCACACCCCAAGACCCGUCUGCGCGCAUCUACAAAUUAAUAGGGUCAUCCUCCUCCCAAGCAUAUCUACCCCACGAUGAGCUCAAGCGCUUCCUCAAACUGCACCCCACACCGUCCGCUGAUUCCAUUUACUCGCGCGACACCCUGAAACGCUUCGAGCGCAAGAUGGACGAGAUGAAGCGUCUAGCACGGGAAAUCGUCAAACCCUUGAUGCGCAACUUCCUCGAGUUGGAGCUGAAAGGCCCCGCGAAUCAACCAGGCACUGGCCCUGCUGGUCCUCGUGAGAAUACCCCGAUUGGACUACCGUAUCUGACAUGCACGCGCGUCGAGGAGAUGGAUCUUCCUUGGAACUGA